AUGGAGCCCUUCCUGCCCUCCCCGUGGGGCUGGAAUGGCUCUAGAGGGGGGUCCCGGCCCCCCAACAGCACUGCCGAGGCCAAGCCCAAGGACGUGGCCUCCAAGUCUGUGGGGCUGUUCUUCAUGGUGCUGCUGGACCUCACGGCCAUCGUGGGCAACGCCGCCGUCAUGACGGUCAUCGCAAAGACGCCAGCGCUCCGCAAGUUCGUCUUCGUGUUCCACCUGUGCCUGGUGGAUUUCCUGGCUGCCCUCACGCUGAUGCCUCUGGAGAUGCUGUCGGGCUCAGCCGUGUUCGAGAGCCCAGGGCUGGGCGAGGCCGUGUGCCGCGUGUACCUGUUCCUCAGCGUGUGCCUCACCUCCAUGUGCAUCCUCUCCAUCUCGACCGUCAACGUGGAGCGCUACUACUACGUGGUGCACCCUCUGCGCUACGAGGUGCGGAUGACCGCGGGGCUGGUGGCCGGAGUGCUGGCUGGCGUGUGGCUCAAGGCUGUGGCCACCUCGCUGGUGCCCGUGCUGGGCUGGUUGUCCCCCGACCGCCCGCCAGCGCCCGGCGCUCACGGCUGCUCCUUGCAGUGGAGCCGUGGGCCAUCCUGCAAGGUCUUUGUGGUCUUCUUCGCCGCCUUCUACUUCGUCCUGCCCCUCCUCAUCAUCAUCGUGGUCUACUGUGGCAUGUUCAAGGUGGCACGGGUGGCAGCCAUGCACCACGGCCCGCCACCCACCUGGAUGGAGACUCCGCGCCGGCGCUCGGUGUCGCUCAGCAGCCGCUCCACCAUGGUCACCACCUCGGGGGCUCCUCGGACCACCCCGCAGAGGAUGUUCGGCGGGGGCAAGGCGGCUGCCGUGCUGCUGGCCGUGGGUGGCCAGUUCCUCUUCUGCUGGUUGCCCUACUUCUCCUUCCAGCUGUACACAGCUCUGAGCACUCGGCCCUUGGCCGGGCCGGCGGCUGAGACUGUGGUCACCUGGCUGGGGUUCUGCUGCUUCACCUCCAACCCCUUCUUCUACGGCUGCCUCAACCGGCAGAUCCGCGGGGAGCUCGGCCGGCUCCUCACCUGCUUCUUCAAGCAGCCCCCCGAGGAGGACCUGCGGCUGCCAAGCCGGGAGGGCUCCAUCGAGGAGAACUUUUUACAGUUCCUCCAGAGCACUGGGCGCCCACCAGAGCCCCCCAGCUCCGAGCGGGACCUGCCCCCUGUGGAUUUCCGCAUCCCAGGGCAGAUUGAGGAGGAGGCGGCGGAGGGGAUGGAGUGGGGUGGGGAGAACGGGGUGUUCAUGCCCGUGGCGGGCUCUGCCAAAGCGGGGCUGUAG